AUUGAUGUAUGAACUCGUCAAUAAACACAAUCAUUUGCUAACUCUGGGUUGCCAGCGAGUGGGACAGGCGAGAGAAGGUGCGGCUUCUCUCUUGCUGCGUGGAUACAGAACCUGUGGUCUCUUGGCGGGGGAAGGGAAGGGGGCAGUUGGAGGCUGCGGACUUCAGCGGCGCGAGGCGGGGAGGACGAGGCCUCGCGGAGGGCUGGGUGCCUGGCAGGGCUGCGUGCCUGGCAGGGCUGCGGGAGCAGGAGCGCGGGCCGGGAAGGGCGGGGCCUCGGGGCCGGGGCGGGGUCUCGGGCGGCGGCGGCGUCAUGGCGGAGGCGGCUUUGGCAGCCGUGCGGAGGGAGUUACGAGAAUUUCCGGCUGCGGCAAGGGAGCCACAGUGGGCUCCACGGAGGUGAGUGUGGCAGUGACCCCAGAUGGUUACGCGGAUGCCGUACGAGGGGACCGCUUUGUGAUGCCCGCUGAACGCUGCCUGCCCCUGAGCUGUGUGCUGGACGUGCUGGAGGGCCGAGCCCGACACCCCGGGGUCCUCUACGUGCAGAAGCAGUGCUCCAACCUGCCCACCGAGCUGCCCCAGCUGCUGCCCGAUCUGGAGCCCCACGUGCCCUGGGCCUCUGAGGCGCUGGGAAAGAUGCCUGACGCUGUGAACUUCUGGCUGGGGGAGGCAGCUGCAGUGACGUCGUUGCAUAAGGACCACUAUGAGAACCUCUACUGUGUGGUCUCGGGAGAGAAACACUUCCUGCUGCAUCCACCCAGUGACCGGCCCUUCAUCCCCUAUGAGCUGUACACACCGGCAACCUACCAGCUAACCGAAGAGGGCUCGUUCAAGAUGGUGGAUGAAGAGGCCAUGGAGAAGGUGCCAUGGAUCCCACUGGACCCCUUGGCUCCAGAUCUGGCCCGGUACCCCAGCUACAGUCAGGCCCAGGCCCUUCGCUGUACAGUACGGGCUGGCGAGAUGCUCUACCUGCCCGCCCUGUGGUUCCAUCACGUCCAGCAGUCUCAUGGCUGCAUUGCCGUGAAUUUCUGGUACGACAUGGAGUAUGACCUCAAGUACAGUUACUUCCGGCUGCUCGAGUCCCUCACCAAGGCCGUAGGCCUCCACUGACGGAGCCCCGGUGAACGUCACCGAGGACGGCUCGUGGAAGAGGCCGCGCCCCUCCUGGGCCAGUCCACUCCUGGGGGCAGCCUGGAGCCGGAGGUGCUGGCUGCUGGCCCCGCUGGACUCAGGGUCGGCUUCAGAGGAUCGGGGGGCAACACCAGGAGGUGCCGGGCAGGUCUGGCUGUGGGCUCCCAGGAGGCUGGCGCACAGGUGAGGCAGCAGCCUGUCCUGGAAGAGGAGUGGGGCUCAGGGGCGGCACCGCCCGUCGCCAGCGCCGUGACCGUGGGCGAGUUCCUGCCUCAGAGCGUGGGUGUCCUGUCUGUAACACUGAGGUGAUGCUGGUCCCUACCUCUCGGGGUGUCGGGCUUGGUGCGUGUAAGGGUGGCGUAGGCCCGGCCUGGAGGGAGGUGUUCAAUAAAAGGCGGCUGCGAUUCACGUGUCCUGAGACUCCCUGGCCGGUGCCUUCCGUGGUCUGGUGAGGGCCGGGAGGUUCAGGGGACCAUUUCAGGGGGACGUCGGUUGGGGCUGAGGGCCGGGUCUAGGCCGGGGCCCGAGGACCUCUCUGCUGCCAAGACCCUUCUGUCCCCGACGGCCGUCACCGCCUCUCUGGGCCGGCGGGCCGACCUCGGCCGCGUCGGGACUCUGGGCACGGAACUCACUGACUCAGGGCCUGUGACGCUCUUCCUGGUGCUGCUCUGGGCUCGUCGGCUCUCCUCCUCCGGCUCCACGGCAGCUGCUGGGGUCUUGUUCCCUGAGGGUCGCCCUUGUUUCUCUCACAGCAAGCACAGAUGGGAGGGGACAGAAACCCCUGUCGCUCCUGAGGCUGUUCCCUGAGGAAGGAGUGGGUCCCCGCACUCGCACUUGUCGCCCGCCCCCCGCCUCGCCCCAGCCCGGCCCUGGAGGCGGACGAG